AAUGAAGUGAGCGGCUUUGUCACUUAUACCGUAAAUUUUUAGUGCUUGGAGUGAAUUUUUGAACGCAGGAAUUGCCAAUACAUAUAGACAGGCACACGGCGUCUCGCGACGUCUUUGUAUGCAUGGCUAAUUUUAAGGAAGGCAAGUUAAAAGUUACCGAUAAAGUAUAACUAAAUCAAGUUAAAAGUCUCAACAAUUUAUACUGUAACUAACUUAAGUUAAAAUUGUUUAUCUUUUUAACUGGACCCCACCCUGACUCUAUGUAUUAUAUACUGUACAUUCUUCUGAAAAGUAUAACUUUGUAAAAAAUCCCCGAGAGCCAAAACCCGAUUUUGAGAAUCGUACGAACGACAAGCUUCAACUGAAUGCGAAAAUAACGGCUCGUGUUGCGGGAGAGGUUUGAAAUGAAAACGUGUGUGUGUACACGUCGAUUUACAGCUCUACAAAAACAUUAUUUACCGACCGGUUAAGCAGGCAGGCUGAGGGAGAGGGAGCUUCAGUGUAAAUAGAGUUUCCUCGGGUCAGUUUAAUUCCACAUUUCUCCCCGUCUUCAUUCGACUCUCAACCGGCGAGGGAAGCUCUAUUGCUACCAUUUGCGCGUGAAAUAUUGUUUUGUCGCAAUUGUUACGGCUGUUAUCGAGACAGUCCGGUCGUGCGAACUUAACCUCAGCUUGGCAACGUCUUCCAUUCGUAAAGAAACCAAGGGUCCACGGAUAAUGGAACAUCGGUGUAAUUGUGGCAGUCUACACGAUACGGCGGAAUUAGGAGUCAGCUAUAAUUUAUACGAGAAAAUAGAUAAAGACAGAGUGGAGUGCCUGAACGAGCACGAGGAGGGCUGUGGCGCCGGAGUCUUCAAAACGUGGGAAGAGAGAUUGGACAGAUCACAGUACGUCGAAAGCGAUGUCGAUGCCGAGCUUCUGUUCAACAUACCUUUCACGGGAGAUGUAAAGUUAAAGGGCCUUAUUGUGGUUGGAGAUGAAGAUGCUCUCCCCAAAACGGUGAAGCUAUAUAAAAACCGACCGCACAUGCUGUUCGAUCACGUGGGCACCAGCCCAGAGCAGGAAUUUGAUUUAAUUACCGAUUCGUAUGGAAUACACGAAUAUCCCAUAAGAUGCCAUAAAAAUUAUCACAGAACAGUCAAGUUUUCGUCAGUGCAGCAUUUAAGCCUCUACUUCACUGGCGACGGCAACGCAGAAGAAAUAAAAAUUUAUUACAUCGGUCUGAAGGGAGAGUGGACGCCGGCUCACAAACACGGUGUGACUAUCUGUACGUACGAAGCACGUCCCCUAAUCAGCGAUCAUCCAACGGAUUUCAACGAAGUCGGUAGGGUAAUUAAAUGAUAUCCGGAUUAAAAGCCGUUUGUGAGACUCUGGUUUGGAAGGCAGGAAGCGAAGACCGAGGACACGGUUUUGUAAAAUAAUGUACGCUAUAUUCUAUCGCGAAGAUUCGACGUAUGUUUUCGAAUAAAAAUCCUGUAAUAAUAAGAAA